AUAAAUAGCCCAUCACUUCUGCUCUGCCAAUGCUCUGUUCCCGCUCCUGCUCAUUCAGCUGCCACUCCGUAAACAGUAAAGAAGAGCGUCUCCGGCGACCAGAAGCCUCAUCCUUCAAAGAGAUCAAGUAAAAAGAUAAAACCAGCUAAAAAUGUAAGAGCGGCCGUAGGAACAUGAGCAGCAUUGCUAGUUCUUGACGAUCGAAGAGAAUGUAGAAGCAUUAGUAAACUUAAAGCCAUACUUAAAGGUUACUGACAUAGCUCACAUGGCCUCGGUUGCUUGCCGCAUCGUCUAGCUCUUGCUCUCUCAAUGAGAAUAAGGUGAUGCAGACCUCGGGCAUCGCAACAAUGAGCAAAUCUUGAGCGCUCGCCGCGGAUCUUUCUACGGUCACGAAUCUCCGUAAGAUGGAGACGACGACGAAGACAACGCGCUGUCACGCCUCGUGCCCCGCUUGGCUUCGAGCGGCUCUUGCAGAUAUAGAGAACAGAGUGCAAUCGCUGGCGGUGAAGCUGCCGGACAACUCGGAGUCCGACUCGUUCGCGGAGCGGGCUGAGAACUACUACCAGAAGCGGCCUCAGCUGGUGGCUCUGCUCCACGACCUCCACCACCGCUACCUCUACCUCGCCGACCGCUACUCUCAGUCGCUCCGCCAUCGGCACCGGCGUCGCGCUUCUUCCGUCUCCUCCGACAUCGAUGUCGACGUCGACCCCGACCUCCCGGACUCUGCCUCCGAUGCCGAGAGCUCCCUCUCCUUUCAACCACUACCCAUUCAGCCGCUCCAUGACCCGCCCCCCGCACUCGGAAUCGCGAAUGUCGCUUCCGACCUCGACAUGAUCGUGGCGACGUUUGUGGUCGCGGCGGUGGAGCGGGACAUGCUGGAGGCGGAGGGGGCGGAAGCCGAGCGGCGUCUGGCGGAGUCGUCGCGAAAGAUCGAGCUGCAGGGGAGCUUGGUGGAGGUGCUGGAGGCGGAGCGGAUGGUGCUGCUGGGCGAGAACGCGCGGCUGGGGUUCCUUGCCGCGGCCGCCGAGGAGAAGGCUCGGGUGAUGGGAGCCGAGCUGGGGUACAUGCGGCGUCAGGCGGCGGAGCUGGCCAGGGUGUUGGUGAAGCUGCGGGAGGAUCACCGGGUGUGCCUCCUGGGGCGGAAGAUCGAGGGACUUCAGGCACAGAUUUACGGGCUGGAGCUUCGGAACCGGGAGUGCUUCGAGGCGAUGGCGCGUCGGGAGAAGGAGAAGAGGGAGGCGCAGGCGGAGGCGACCCUUCUCCGGGCGGAGAAUCGCCGGCUGAGGGAGGAGACGGAGGCGGCGCGAACUAGGCGUCGGUGGAGAUGGUGGGACAGGCUACGGAAGCUCGAGUGGGCCCAGUCGUCGUGUGCGAUGCACGUGAAGGAAGCAAAAGUGCCGGGAGGCUGCUUCUUGUAGCCUAACAUUGUCCGCUCUCCGGCUUAUAUGCAUUCUAAGUCCUAACUAUUUUGUUACUUUUAACUGGUUGAAAAGUUUAGUGACUAGAGAUGACUGUACAUAGUUUUCUAAUGAGAUGGUAGUGCACUCUUAUUAUAAAAAUAAAAUAAAAUAAAAUAAUAAUGAUAA